GCGGUGUCUGUGCGUGGGGCUGUGAGCGUGUCGGCCUCCGCAGUGGCGCUUGUGCGGAGCGACUUUGUGUCGACGGAGGACUACGCGGUGGCGUUUUAUUCGACGGUGAGUCUGGCCGACGGGUCGAUGCUGCUGGCGAAGGGCAACGUGCACGACGGCGUCUCGAGGGAGAUGCUCUACGCCACUGGCGCCGUGACCGCUGCUGGGAGCACGCUGAGCUUUGUGCGCAACCGAGCGCUGCUGCCGCGGAUGCUAUCGCUGAGCCUGUCGCUUGCGGCUGGGGCGCAUUUGAGGGUGGCGUGCAACGACGCUGGUGGGCGUGUCCUGUCGACGGCGGAGGAGUACGCAGCGGCUGGUUUUGGCGACGCUGGGAGCAUCGACGUUGUUGGGUGCGACGACUGCGACAGGGACACUUACUGCUACGCGCCCGGGACGGUGUCUGCGAGCAUGAGGAACGGUGUGUGCGUGUGCGCGUGCGGCAGCGGCGGGUACGGCGAGGCGUGCGUGCCUGUGGGAGCUCCCGCGCUGCCGCCUGCCAUGGGCACUGUGCUGAGUGUGUUUGUCCGCGAGGGCGUGACGGUGCGGUCGGUGUUCGUUGUGCCUGCCGGUGCGAGCGAGGUGACGCUGCGCCACGUUGUGCUGGACGGCGUGAGUCCGGUGCUCUACGUGCCGUGGAUGGCGCGAGACGGCGUGCGGAUCGUUGUGCAGAACGUGUCGCUGCUGAACGGUGCCGUGCUGUACUUGAUGGGCGGUGGAGCGUUGCGCGGUGCGGUGUCGGCGGGGAGCGACGAGAGCGGGCCGGUGGAGCUGUCGAUUUGCGAUGUGGAGGCGCUGAACGGUGCGCUUGUGCUGACCGGCACGUUCCCUGCGGGGUCCGUGCUGACGGUGGCGGACUCCCUGCUGGUUGCCGCGAGGCCGACGCCGCUUGUGUAUCUUCCCGGCUCGCGGUCCUCGCCGUACGCACCGGUGCUGGUGCUGUCGGGCCUGCGGCUUGUGCGGUCCGUGCUGGUUGUGUACGGCGUGGCCCUCGUGACCGUGAUGACUGGUGGGCGGACGGUGGUGGUGGACGGCGCGGUGCUGGAGCUUGUCGGUGGCGGUGUUGCGCUGGACGCGGCUGUGCUCGGUGGCGACUAUGCGUUGUACGCGAGUGCGCGUGUGGUGGCGUCUGGGGGCGCUGUGCUGCGCGUGUCGGGGAGCCAGGUGUACGCCGCGCAUGGGCUGGUGUUUGACAGCGGAGUGGAGGCCAACGCGUCCGCCGUCGUAGUGAACGACAACGCCGGUGCGCUGACCGAUGGCGCGCUGCUGGAGCUGCGGGGGUCGGCGUCGUUUGUUUCCGGGUCGUGGCUGUCGGUGCGCGGCAACAGCGUCAGUGGCAGGCUUCUGUCGGUGCCGUCGUACCCGCGUGGUGCGGAGCUCGCACAAAGCACACUGACGCUCCACGGGAACGCCGGCAGUGGGCACGUCGUGAUGGACGGCACCGUAGAGCUUGGGGGC